GGGGUGCGGACACGUCUCAGGUGCGUCUGUCUGCUGUUGGCCUGGCCAAGUGCCAAGCGCUUAAACGGGCCGCGCAAAGGUAAAUACAAACAGCACUCAAUUACACUCAGGGCCCGGUAAAAGAGGCAUAACCAAUGUUAAAUUGAUAAAAAAAGAAGCGCAGCACUUGGAAUAAGUUCGCUGGCCAGUUGGAAGCCGAAAUUAGUGCAACGACAGGCGACUGCCCGUGCGGGUCUCUCUCUCUCUCUCUCCACUUUACCACUUCACAAAUGAUGCAGCUGAUUUACAUUGCCAUGGGUGCCUUGGUGCUGCUCUCCUCGGCCCUGCAGGCGGCCGUUGUGCCGCUGACUGCCAUCGAAACGGGCAGUGUGGACGAUAAGCCCUUUGAUUUGGAUGCGGAAAAGUUCGGCUAUCUGGAGCUCAAGCCAAAUGGUUCGCUGAUCCUGAGACAUGGCACCAACCAGAGCGGCAGUAAUCUUCAGAAUCUCCUGCUGCUGCGUGGAAUACUGCAGGCCAUCAAGCUGGGCCAGCCCAAUCCCCAUCCCCAUGGGCACACCAAGUUCUUCAUCAGGAUCUACGGCAACGGAGUGGAGCACAGGUUCCCCCCACUGCUGGAGAACAUCAUUCAGCGCAUCCAGACCUACUUCUCCGUCUACCGCUACACGGACACCAGUCAACCGGUGCGUAGGGACGAGCUGCCCGCCAAAGAGGCCACAGACGGGGCUCUGGAGCUCACCACCGUGCGCCCUGGCGACGAGGAUGACCUGAUAGCCAUUGGGGAGAAGGAUGUCUACAUUACAGUGGGCGAGGGCGCUGACUAGACCCCGCCCCGCUCGGAUUUGUCUAUUUAUUUCAUAUAUUUAUGCGCCUAGCUCUAAGCCAAUAAA